UCAAAACACUGUCGAAGAAUGGAAUCAAUUGUAAACAAUAACAAAAUAAUGUAAUUCUAUCAUUAAUUGAUAAGAUUAUUCAAAUGACAUGAACUUGAGAGUAUCACGCGCUUAGAGAUGUUGUAACACAGGCAACAUGGAUGCUGACGACCCUAGAAGACCUUUGUUGGGAAAUGCCCAAGCGACAAGCAGACUACGGCGAGUAGCCUCCAAGCUGUGCAGUACAGAGUCAUGGAAGAGAAGGCUACCCAUCACAAUAUGGCUGCCCAAAUACAGCUUCGAAUAUUUACUACGAGACGCCAUAGCAGGUAUCACAGUGGGUCUGACAUCAAUACCACAGGGCAUCGCAUAUGCUAUGGUCGCUGGUUUGCCUCCACAGGUGGGCCUCUACUCCAGCAUAUUCCCCGGCCUCAUGUACAUGCUGUUCGGAAGCUGCAAGGAUGUCACAGUGGGUCCCACCGCUAUCCUAGCAGCAUUGCUUGCCAAAUACGUCGCCAAAUCAGCUGAUUUCGCAUAUCUGGCUGCUUUUCUAUCAGGAUGCUUUAUACUUCUUCUUGGGAUACUACAAUUAGGUUUUCUUCUGGACUUUAUAUCAAAACCAGUGAUCAGUGGGUUCACGACGGCAGCCGCCUUACAGAUAAGCGCAUCACAGCUCAAGUCUUUGUUUAGGAUAUCAGGUUCAUCAGGCAACACAUUCUUUGAUGCCCUCAUAAACUUCUUUGAAAACAUCAAGACAGUACAGUUAUGGGACACAGUGUUAGGAAUCAGCACCAUUAUUGCCUUACUCCUACUCAAACGGGCUACGAUCAAAGUAUCAGACACGGCGACACCAUGUUCUACCCGGAUGGCGGCGUGCUGGCUCAAUGUAGUGCGCGCACGGAACGCGCUCGUGGUCUUCGCAGCCGCCAUACUUGCUUUUGUUCUCAAUUUAAAAGGCAUCACGCCCUUUGCACUUACAGGUACAAUUCAGGGUGGUCUGCCCAAAUUCGGGCCACCUCCAUUCAGUACGGUGGUUAAUAACCAGACACUUAACUUCGAGGAUAUGUUGACCGUUUUCGGAGGAGAAGGAAUUGUGAUGCCACUCGUUGCUAUACUGGAGAGCAUAGCUAUUGCUAAGGCAUUUGGUAAGGAGCUGGAGCUGUGCGUGUACGUUGUGACGGUGGUGACGGGCGCGGCGUGCGGGCUGGAGUACGGCAUCCUGGGCGGGGCGGCCGCCGACGCCGCGCGCGCGCUCGCUCGGGCCGCGCGCCCGCCCAUACAAGGGGCGACCUUCAAGGUGGGCAACCAGGACUGCGUAUCUGUCAGCUUGCCCGACUGCCUGUCGUACGCGAGCGCGGAGCACGUGCAACACAAGGUGCGCCGCCUGGUGCCGCCCGCCGCCGCCGUCGUCGUCGUGGACGCGCGCCAUCUGUAUGCUAUGGACCUGGGAGUCGCUGAGAACUUAGUAUCUGUGAUAGUAGAUCUAGAGAAGGGAGGACACAGGUUCUUACUGUGGAACUUCAGACGGAGCCAUCAGCUGUUGAUGGAAGACCUCCACACAGGAUUUGAGGCUCGCUUCGUGGACGGACCCAGUAUUGAUCAGCAUAUUUUAAUUGGCAAUGGUCAAGCCGAUUUCAAGACUAAUAUUUCACGACUGUAAAACUACUACGUAAUGAAGUUCAGGUUUGGAUAUCAUACGGUAAGAUGCCGUUUCAUACACAGCCAAGCUCAGUGAAUUUUAAGACUAUU